CACUCACACUCACACACACCUUCCACCAGCGCUCCCAACGCACAAAGGACGCGCGAAGUCCUCCGCAGCAGAGCACGAGCUCCGGGCGGGUCGGCUGGGAACGAAGCGUGCGGGAUUGGGAAGCGCUUUCUUGGAAAGAUAGAGGAUCACGGUGGGCGGCAAAAUGGUGAAGCUGGGGAUUACAGUGAGUGAAAAGAAGAGCACUGGAGCGGAGGAGGGGUUUGACACCAUCCCACUUAUGACUCCUCUGGACGCUGCGCAGCUGCAGCUCCCUCCGCCGGACACGGUGGUGGUGAAGACGAAGGCGGACUACAGCGAGGAGAGGAAAAAGGAGAAAUUCCGUCCAAAAAUCAGCGUCGUGGACGGAGUGUCUGAACGGAUGAAAAUGGCUCUGCUGGUGGUGUGUGCUCUGGCAUUCCUGGUGUGUGUGGUGUUCCUUGUCGUGUUUAAGGUGUAUCAAUACGAGCAGCCCUGCCCCGAUGGAUUCACCUAUGUGCAGAGUCGGUGUGUCCCAGCGGGGGUAUAUAGUUACUACCCCCCUCAGGGUCCAGCCAGCCGUGGACGUCUGUUCACCAUCAUAAACCACUACAACGUGGCCAAGCAGACCAUUACACGGGCUGUUUCACCCUGGCUCAGCAUCACCGCCGAGGAAAAACUCUCACAGCUACAGACCAAGACAGAGCAGAACCUGGCCUGAAACACACACACACACACACACACACACUUUCAUGCUUAAGCACGUACAUACAGUACCAGUCAAUAGUUUGGUCACAUCUGAUUAAAUGUAUAUUCUGCAUAACCUUAAAUAUAUUUAGAUGUCAGAUAUUAGGCUUAUGCUUCAAUACUUGAUAUUUGUUUCUGAGACAAACAGAAAUGUUAAAAUCAUAACUGAAUACAUUUAAUGUUUUUCCGAAGCAAAAAUGUUCAGUUUACAAAUGUAAUUUUUGAAACACUCCUCAACAAGUUGUUUUUGGCAACCAAAUCAAGGAGAAAAUCAAGCUCCAAUCUUGCUUCAGAUCUGAAAAUAAUCCACAGGUGUUUCUGUCCAUCCCUUCACUGAGAGGAGACAGCUCAACACUAUGAGUCUGAAGUAGUAUUUGAGAGAGAAAAUAAUUAGUAAAAUAACAUAACCCCCAAGUCAGCUCUGUUACUCUAACUGUGUCUGACUUUUUAUAAUAUUAGCACAGACAUAAAAUUAGGAUGAUUCACAAGAAAUGUUUUUACAUCAGGCCUUUUGCUUUGAUUUAACAAGAAUGAUGUAAUAGUUGAUUAAAUUUUGUGUAUUUUGUGGCUUUUCACAUGAGUAGAACAAUAACUGGCUUAAGCUGCAAACCUAAACUCUCACUCUUAAAAAUAAAAGUGCCAGAAAGGGUUCUUUGCGUGAUGGCACAGAAGGACCACUUUCGGUUCCCUAAAGAACCAUUUUUGUAAAUGAGAUGUGUGAGUGUGAAGUUAAGAAACUAUAGGGAACUAUAAUUUAGGGAACUAUAAUUGUUCUUCUAUUGCAUAACCCAAAGAACCUUUUGUGAGUGCUGUUACUAUUAGCCCUGCUAACCUAUAGGUAACAGGUGUGACAAUUUCAAAGUUUGAAGACCCAAUGACCCAUUUUUCUAAAAUGUGGAUAGGAAAAUAAGGGAAAUCCUGUGUCCAAACUUUAACAGGUAUUGUAUAUGUACUCACUGACACACACACACACACAGAUAAUCUCUCAGAUAAUCAAAGCUCCGCCUGGUGUAAGUGCAGCUUCUCUAUCUGAAUGUUUCUUGCUGGCAAACUUGAAUUACUGUAACAUCAGCAGGUUGGGUUUAGACUGUCACUAUGGCAACACCCCCACCACCCCACAUAUCUCAUACUGGUCCAAGCUACGCACUACUACUACUCUCUACUUACUCUCUCUCUCUCUCUCUCAGACACACACACACACACACACACACACACACACACACACACAAACAGACAGGGGUCUCAGUGUGCAGGUUCAGAUCAGGGGUGAGACGGUUACCAGUAUAACAAAUAGUUGACGCUGUUAAAAGUAAACGCAUUACACUUAAAAUUGCUUUUGCAUAUGUUUGCUUGUGCUUACUGUAUGUUUGACUAAUCUCGCAUCAAAAGAUGACAGCUGCAAUUUGCUCUGUGGAGUGCUACCUCCAAAAGGGUUGUAUUUAGCUAGGCUGGAGAAGAGGAUAUCACCGUAUAGAACAGGUGUGAGGAUCCAGUCAUUGCAAGCCAAAGCACUGCAGACUUCAGCACACUGCCUCAUUAAACACACCUGACUCAGCUCAUCAGCUAAUUAGCAAGGUCUUCAUGAAUUGAACUCGGAGCGUUAAAUGAGGGGUAAAUGCUAAUCUCCUCAACACUUUGGCCUGGAAGGUCCCCAGUUUGACAUGUCUGGUUUAGAAAGACUUUAGCUAGCCAAGACGGAACCAAGCAAACCCACUUGCUUAAAAUCUUUAUGUUGGCUUUAUAGCAUUCUGAAUGGCAACGACUGAGAAUCGUUCACUUUGGGUCUGAGAAUUGCUGUAACUGUGCAAGCUAUCUACGUAAAGUACCAACAGACCAAGAAUACGCUUACCUUUUUAGGUGGUAGCACAACUGCUAACAAGCUAAAAAAAAAAUUCAGCAGCAACCAGUGGAAUAUGAUUUUUAUUAUUUAAAAAUAUAUUGCCUUGGACCUUCCAAAGCCAAGGUAAAUAUUGUAGCCACUGUAGGUUAAAUUAUUAGAAGAGCUAAUGCUAGGAGCUAAUUCUACAUGAGGUAACUUAUUUUCUCCUUAGUGGAUGAUGUGCUAACACUUUGGUUUCUUUUCGAGGUAACACUGAGAACAGAGAAUACCUUCUCUAAUGUCAGGUAAUAUGGUUAUCUUAGCCGCAGUAAAAAGACGCUACACUGAAUCACCAGUUUAGUAGGUACCUUCAAAAUCCUUAUAGGAACAUCUGUUCACUCAGUGGCCAUCUUUGCAACAGCACCGGGCAAUUAUUUCCAGCCAUGCAACACCAGAUUAUCUUCUCUUUGAAGUGGGAGAGACCAAAAUAAUGCUAAAAACUGACAAAAACCAAAAACUGUUUUUUUCAAGUUGUUCUGCCUACUGAGUAUACAUACGUAGAUCUCCAUAAUGAGAGGGGGCUUUCCCUGGUCACUGCGUAACCAGCAAGUAGAUUGGCUUUUUUUCUUGAAGGGCGGGACUCUCCGCAAACAGACACCAUGUUGAGCAUUAUUGGCUUCCCCAUUCAUGUUUGAACCGGUCUUUUCCUUUAUAACUCUGGUACCUCUGAUAAUAUAACGCUGGUAAUCUCUGGUACCUUAUAAAGGUAAACCUUGUACCUACCGUGUGCUUAUUUUGCAUCUAGACUAAACAUAGAUGUAACCAGUAACAUUCGAUAAACUUUUCUACAGCUUCAACUUUGUGCAGCACCAACUUUCAACAUUGACAGCUUUAUAUGUGAAAAGCUCGGUAGAAAUGAUGCAUUAACUUUUAACAGAAUCAGUUACUCUUGCUACACCGGUCAUAAUAAUGUACCGUGGUAUAUAAGCCAAUAAUAAUCAUAUUUCAAAUUUAAAAAUUAUAAUUAAUUAAAAAGUCAGAGUGGAAGUAAACAGCCUACAGUUUCAGUCUCCCUGCAAGAUACAGAUAUAAUCUGAACUGUAAACAUUACUAGUGCUGCUCAUCAUUUUCUAUUCAUUUAAACUGUAAUAGAUUUUUUUUGGUGUUCAAUGAAGAAGUGUAUCAGUGUAAUAUAUGUGGUGAAACAAUUUUAAAGCGUAUUAGUGCUUUUUUAAAUAUUUUCAUUAUACCACAAUUACAGAUGACUUGAUACCACUUUUUCCCCCCCGAUAUUGAUACUGAUACUGAAACCUUGAGUAUCGACUGAUAUCGAUACCCAAUCCUAUCCUAUAUUUCUUCUUUAAAAACUACUGAGCUUAAAAAUUGGCUGUUUUUUUAAUUGACAUGAGCAUCUAUCAUGCGCACACUACUCAAACAACCUUUAUAUCAUCCCAUCCCUAAUUCAGACAGACUUACCAGAUUUAUUUGAUAAUUUCUGAAACUAGUCUGACCUGAUUUUUUCAAUCGUUCAGUCAUGAGAGGGUGGGCAAUAUAAUGAUAUUUCAUUGUGACUAGUGACAUCAUGAUACAUUUUUCCGAGUACAGUUUGCAAAACUGCAGCAGUUAUAUUGAGCCUGUGAACAGGAAGUGAAUAAUAACAGCAUAAACUGCAGAGACAGUAGCUAAUUGGAUGUUAGACAAUUUGGAGUAGAACUCUAGAAAGAAACACUGGUUCAAACUACAGUUAGCAGGUUAUUCUCACCAUUCUUUUAUUCUGUUGUUUGUAAUGUCCACCUGCUGUUCCAAGUUUGGAGAAAAAGGUAGAACAUGAUGUAUCAUGCUGACCAAGAAAUGUACACAGAUAAGAAACUGAAUAAAAAAAAAGUUAAUGUUU